GGAGGGCCUGGGUGGGUCCCGGUGGGCCGGGGUGGGCCAGGGCUGGACUGAGGUCUCCCCGGGGGCCCGAUCCUGGCGGGGAAGCGCGGGGACGGGGCGGGGCGCCAAGAGCUUCGGGAGGCCCCGCCCGCCCCGCGCCGCGCACUGGCCCGCGGAGCGCACCGCCCCGGGGCUCGGCUGUCGGUGCCCUGCGCUCGGCCAGCGCGGACCUCGCUGCACUGCUGCUCUCUCGGCGCCCCAAACCCGGACAUUCCCUCUCCAGCAGUGUAACCUUGAAGCCCAGGAUGAUCCUGUCUAACACCACAGCUGUGAUGCCCUUUCUGGCCAAGCUGUGGCAGGGGACAGUUCAACAGGGCAGCAACACGUCUAGCCCAGCCCGCAGGUCCCCCAGCAACGAGGACGGCAAGCUUGAGGCACUCUACAUUCUCAUGGUGCUUGGCUUCUUCGGCUUCUUCACCCUGGGCAUCAUGCUGAGUUACAUCCGCUCCAAGAAGCUGGAGCACUCCCACGACCCAUUCAAUGUGUACAUCGAGUCUGACACCUGGCAGGAGAAGGACAAGAAGUACUUCCAGUCCCGGAUUCUGGAGAGCUACAGGGCGUGUUAUGUCAUUGAAAACGAGCUGGCUGUGGAACAGCCAGGCACAUACCUUCCUGAGAUGGACCCUUCAUCAUGACCCCACAACUGGCUAAAACUGCACAAAUCCUACUUGACAAUCUGAUUUUUCUAAUCAUAGGCCUCUUAUAGUCUUUAUUAUAUGGAUACGGUUGGGGGCUCUUGUAAAGGGUGAAGGGUGGAAUAAUAACACUAUUUCUCUAAAAUCACACUCCUUCUAUAAUAGGCUGUCAGUUGUGCCCCAAUAUCUGUCCUUGCCUUGUUAAUUUUAGCAGAAUCCCUGAGAUCAGGGCCUUUGAGAGUAAGAGCUGUAUUUCCCAGACUCCCUUGCACCUAGCAAGGUCACAUGACGAAGUUCUGGCUGGUAGAAGUGGGUUGAUGAGUGCAAUAUCUUUGAGAAGGAAGGGAGGCAUUCUCCACUUCCCUUUUCCCCUUUUCCAGUAGCUGGGACAUGGAUGAAGUGGUGAGCCAGCUUUGACUCUGGAAAUGAGCAGUAUGUUCACAGGUGGCAGAGCAAGAAGAGUGUGGGACCCUGGGCAGCAUCAUGGAGCAGGGUCUCCUUACCUUCCUGGAUCACCCAUCAGCUCCAACUUUAUAGGACAGAGAAACCAACUCCAAUCUUCCUUGAGUCACUGUUAUUUUGGUUUCUGUUAAAGUAGCCGAAUCAAUAUCAUAAUUAAUAUACCUACCUUACGGGUCUGAGACCAACGGCAUAAUAUUUCCACGUUUGUCACAAACACACUCCCCUCUUGUCACAGGACACUGCCUCUUCUGCCCUUGUCAUUUCUAUCCUCACUGCUGUGGCUCUGUCUUCCUCUGGGCUUCCUGCCUCCCAUUCCUCCCUUGUGCCCACCCUUCAUGAAUCCCCCUGCCAAACACAUACAGACACACACUGACACAGAGAAAUACACACAGACACACACUCACACCCACAGGCACACACGUGCACACAGAGACACAUACACACAGACAUGCACACUUCCAACUCACACAUCCCAAUCUCGAAGGAACUCACUUCCUACAGGACUGAGAUGCAGGAGAAAAACUCCCCACUUCAGCCUGCUGACCAAAGGGAAGAAGCUCAGCUAUCACCACCAGAGGGAAGGGGGCACCCACCACCCGAAGAGCGCAGGGGAAGAAGUGGGUGUGGACAAGAGGCAACACAUGGGACUGAGGUGGCAGGGUCUUUUGAGGUGAUGUGACCAUUGUGGUUGAAUUGUGUUCCCCCAAAAGAGACAUUCAAGUCCUAACCCUGGUACCUGUGAAUGUCACCUUUUUUGGAAAUAGGGUCUUUGCAGAUGUCAUCAAGGUAAGAUGAGGUCAUUAGGGUGGUCCCUAAUCCAGUAUGACUGACGUCCUUAGAAGGAGAGGGAGAGCUGGACAAAGACACAUAGGGAGAACCCCAUGUGACGACAGAGGCAGAGCCUGCAGUGAUGUCACUGCAAGCCAAGGAGCACCGAGGAUGGUCGGCCACCACCAGAAGCCGGAAGACACAGGAAGGAACCCCCCCUACACAUUUCAGAGGAAGCACGGCUCUAUGACACCUUGAUGUCAGACCUCUGGCCUCUAGAGCUGGAAGAUGCUGAGUUUCUAUGGUUUUAAGCCACUCAGUUUGGGAUAUUUAGUUACAGCAGCCAUGGGAACCUCAUGCAGAGCCUCUCACCUCACCCCAGAGACAGUGCUUCCCUCUCAGCACGCCUUCUCCUCAUAAGACAGAAGAUUCCCCCAGAAACUUCCCUCCCAGACAACAGCUGGGGAAGGGAUUGUGGGUGGUGGUGGAUGGCCCUGGGGGAGGUGCCAUAGAAAGCCUCAUUCUGUGACCUGACCUGGGAGCAUCACAGAGAACGUGCGCCCUCAGGCUUCAGCCUUUCUCUGCAGCUGCCAUCUACAGCGUUAGGGCUCUGCGACAUCCCUAAGGCUUGCUGAUUCCUGAAGAGCGUGGGGUAUUUAAAUAAAGCAUAGUUGUUAAAAACCUGCACAGGAUAUAAAUUUAAAAGCAAUGUAAGCACUGUCGGCCAUCCUCAGAUGGGCAAUUCAGGCUCAGUCCAACUCCGGUCCUGAUUUCAUGUGACAGACAGCGAUUCCUCUGUGGGGCUUGGAGGCAGGGCUUGGCUGGGACAUCGCUGGAGCCGAGCUCCGGCAUGGAUUCCUAUAGUCCUAGAGAUAACUGGUUCUUUGGAUCUCAGUCCUUUGAAAGUUUAGUGAAAGCUCUGAUCCCCCCACCUGAAAAAUGCACAUAGACAAUUUUGCCCAAUGUCUCGGGGGUUCUUGGGCCACCGGAAGCCCAGUUAUGACUGCUGGCAUCUCAUGGCCCCUGUGGGCGUUCCCUGCAUGUAUUGUCCAUUUUGAAGGAAAGGCAGGCUGGGAACGCAGGUUUGGCGAGGGACCCAGAGUGCAUGUGAGCCACAACGUGAUGCCCAGAGGCACACAGACUGGCUUGUUAUCACCAGUUCCCUUUCCCCCACCGAGAUUCCUGCGACUUUUAAGGCAGAGAGAGAUCCCAUGAGCUUUGUCCUCCCUGUCCUUGAAGGACCAGACGUUCAGCUCACUUCCCCACACCCCUCAGACCUCUUACGAGCCACAAAUGUUCAAAUGCUUAUUAUCAUAUUUAAAAGUUGGUUUAAUGUGCAUAGAGUGCUUGCUAUGCCCAGGUGCUGUUCUGAGUUCUUUAAAGACAGAAUCUCAAUUAACAUUUUAUGUGCUCAGGGGAUAGGACAACAUGACUUUUGAGGAAUUAAUCAGAUCUCAUUUGUAAAAAUUAAAGUCUUUUAUCAUGA